CGAAAUAGCAAGGCAUAUACAUAUACAAAAAAAAAGUGAUACUAACGUACAUACAUACAUACAUAUACUAAGGUGUUACUUUAAAAGAGUGUGGAGUGAUCCCUAUAUAAAGUGAAUGAAGUGAUACAUAUGUGCAGCAGCAAAUCGUGGAAAACUAAACAGAAGAAAUUAUAAAAUUACCUACAAUAAAUAAAAAAUACAUACAAAUUUAUAUACAUAACUACAAUACAUACGUGAUACAGAGUAUGUGCUAAAAACAAAGAAAAAAGUUCUACUUACCUGCGCUACCAAAUUUCUAAAAAAAAUAAAAGAAGUAAAAAGGACAAACAAAACAUACACAAGUGUAAGGAAACUGGAAACCCGGUAGGUACAGUGAUUUACAAAAAAAUUCCACCAAAGUGUUUGAAACAGUUUCGCUUGAAAGUUCCGUGAAAAAAAAUAAUAAUUAUUAUUAUUAAGGUGCCGGUCUAACGCAAAUUUAAAAAAAAAAACGCUAAAACUGUGAAGUGCCGCUAAAAACUCCCGCUACAAACCUACCGUUUCUUGUGCCGUAAAAGUAAAGUAGCACUAUUAUAUACUUACCGCUUCCAGUGCCGCUACAGAAACCAGUAAGGCAUACCGCUUAGUGUCCAGCUUUACAUCUUACAACAUCAAAUCGCUGCUGCCACAACGUCGCUGCUCUAUCAAAUCGCUGCUGCCAUCAAGUUGCUGCUGCCAUUAAAUCGCUGCUACCACAACGCCGCUGCUGCCAUCGUCGCUGCUACCAUCAAACCGCUGCCGUCGAGGGAAUGAGCUCCCGCUGCAUUCUCUGCAAAAGGGACGUAAGCGCCGGCAAACAGCCGACGCACCAGGUUCAUUGGACGCCGAGGAAUGCCGACGAAGAUAUUCAGCGACAACGCCACCAAUUUCGUCGGCGCCGACCGCAAGCUGCGCGAAUUGAAGGAGGCGUUUCUAGCAAUGGGUCCAGACCUGAAGAGAUUCGCAGCAGACGAAGGGUGCAGCUUCAUCUUUAUACCACCGCGGGCGCCGCACUUCGGCGGGUUAUGGGAAGCCGCGGUGAAGUCCGCCAAGCAUCACGUCGUUCGCGUAAUCGGCAACGCGCUACUGACCGCAGAGGAACUAUCAACCCUACUGGCAGAAGUAGAGGCCAUCCUCAAUUCUCGGCCCCUAACACCGUUGAGCCAGGACCCCAUCGACGGCGAGGCACUAACCCCAGCGCAUCUGCUGAUAAGGAUGAGUUACCUCCAGAGCAAGUACCAGUGGACCCAGUUCAUUGUUGCGAGAGAUGGCAACUUGUUUGCUGUCUCAAGCAACAGUUCUGGCGACAGUGGUCCAAAGUAUACCUGACGGGACUUCAGGAACGCAACAAGUGGCUGCACCCCACUCGCAAUCUGCAGCUCAACGACCUCGUCCUCGUCCACGAGGACAACGGGCCUUCACAGCAGUGGAUACUCGGACGCGUCGUCGCCACCGUCGAAGUACAACACGGCAAGGUACGAGUCGCAGACGUGGCGACUAACUCGGGCACAAUUAAGCGUCCCAUCCACAAGCUGGCCUUACUUCCAAUGGAGGUUGAAGGAAAUUGAUGCUGUCAAGGUGGCCGGUGUUGCGUCAAGCGACAUAUCUACAAAUUUAUACCUGAAAUAAAAAUAAUAAAUGA